UGGCGGUGCGGGACCACGUGGCAACGUCUCGCUCCACGUGUUUGCCGUUCCACAGCCAACCUGACAUUUCUUCCUCACUGUACAGAGAGGGGCUCUCUGUAGUCGUAGUCGUCGUAUCGGGCCGGCGGGCGCCUAGUGAAUGAUCCGAGCUGGGUCCUCGUCCAGGCUGCGGCAAUCGAAGACGAUUGAGGCAUCACGGUUUGAGCUCCGAGGCGGAGAGGCUCAGAACGGCGGGCAUUGACGGGGCAAUGAAGGCGGUGGUGCAGCGAGUGGCGGCGGCAAGUGUGUCUGUCGCUGGAGAGCAAGUGAGCUCCAUCGGAAGAGGACUUUGCGUGCUGCUGGGGAUUUCCCGCGACGACACGGAGAGGGAGAUCGACUUCAUGGUGCGCAAGAUCCUGGGCCUGCGCGUGUUUGAGGGCGCGGAGGGCCGCCCGUGGAGCUCCAGCGUGGCGGAGGCGCGGGGCGAGGUGCUGUGCGUCAGCCAGUUCACGCUGCAGGCCGUGCUCAAGGGCAACAAGCCCGACUUCCACCUCGCCAUGGCGGGCGAGCGCGCCGAGCCCUUCUACCGCCUCUUCCUGGAGCGCCUGCGGAGCGCGUACCGCCCGGAGCUCGUCAAAGAUGGCAAGUUCGGAGCACUCAUGAGUGUGCACAUUGAGAACGAUGGCCCAGUCACCAUCCAGAUCGAGUCGCCUCUGCCCUGUGCCGACCCCAAGCAGAUUGCCAAGCAGGAAAAACAGCAGCAGAGGCAGCAGCAGACAAAACCCAAAGUAAAAUCAGCGGCAGCGUCAUCAGAGCAACAAGACAACCCAAGUGGAGCUGAAGAAGGCAGCACAGCACGAAGCAGUGACUGAUCGCGUUGCUUGCGAACAGGCAAGCACUUUUAGUUCAUUUGAACAUGACCAGCACCAUCCUCCAGAGUUUCUCGAUGUGCGAGACGGGCACGUUCGGCAUGGUCCCCACGUCUCGAGCACGUGCUCGUUUUUUUCUGUUUUUCUUUUGACCGAUUGGAAUGAUUGAGGUGAUUUGUAGUGAUUGCUGCAUUUGCCGAUGGAGGGUAUCUUUUUAUUUUCCAAGUUUGCUAGAAUUCCGUGUUCACACUCACGUUGGCUUGUAUUUGUUCUUAUUUCCUUAUGGAGUUUUCGUUGUUUGCAGUUGCCAUUGCCCUGUUUGUGUUCAUAGCAUCUCCAUUUAUACUGUUUGAAACUGCUCUACCAAUGUCUUUAUUGGCAAUGAGACGUUUAGUCUCACCGUGCCCUCAAGACGGUAAUAAAUUAUUGAUGAUGUUAUAACAGA